AAGUCUCGCGAGUACGAGCGGCGGCUGCCCUUGGACGCUGGGAGCCGGCCGGGCGUGCGGUGUGGGGCCGGGGCUUCGCGGUCAUGGUGCGGACGCUUCUUCAACAAUACCUGGACAUCCCCGAUGGCACCGAGUGCCACCGCAAGACCUACGCCAGUACCACACUCAGUGGUGCCGCUGGCCUGAUCUUCUCCGCCUACAGCGUCACGCUCCGGCCGCCAGACUCCUUCCUAGAGGGAGUGGCGAGGACAGGGCGAUACACGUUUACUGCAGCCGCCAUCGGCGCCAUAUUUGGCCUCACCUCCUGCAUCAGCGCCCAGGUCCGAGAGAAGCCCGACGACCCCCUGAACUACUUCAUUGGAGGCUGUGCCGGAGGCCUGACCCUGGGAGCGCGCACCCACAGCUACGGGAUCGGAGCCGCCGCCUGCGCAUACAUGGGCACGAUCGCCGCGCUGGUCAAGAUGGGCCAGCUGGAGGGCUGGAAGGUGUUCGCAGCGCCCAAGGUGUGAGCCCUGCCACCUCCCGUGUCCCCGGACAGGUUGAAAUGCGACUAAAAAUAAACUCUGCGUAUACUUGUG